CAAACUCAAAUCACCCCCAAACUUCUUAAAACACAUUGACCGAUAGCUAACGAGCGAGAGAGGGUAGAAUCAGACGUCGAAUUCAGUAAACUAUCAAGCAAUGGCAUCGAUAACCAUGACAGCAACAUUCCUCCCAGCCGUCGCUAAGCUUCCGUCAGCCACCAGCGGACGAAGGAUGUCCGUGGUCAGAGCCUCGAAGAGCGAGAACACAACCAGCUUAGAAGUCAAGACCAAGGAGGAACAGAGCAGCACCACAAUGAGGAGGGAUCUCAUGUUCACUGCUGCAGCUGCGGCCGUUUGUGCCUUGGCUAAAGCAGCCAUGGCGGACGAGGAGGAGCCCAAGCGUGGGACAGAGGCGGCUAAGAAGAAAUACGCUCAGGUCUGCGUCACAAUGCCUACCGCCAAGAUCUGCCGCUACUGAUUCAACCAUCCACCUUUCAUGCCCCCUCUCUCUAUCUCUCUUUCUAUUGUUCGGUAAAUUUUCUCAUAUUUGGUAUGUAAUCAUAUAUUUGAUCAAAAUCUUAUAAUCUUCAACUAGAUUUCGUCUUCUUUUCA